GGGAACCUCCAUUUCAACAGUCUCGUGACUCUCGUGUUCCUUCUACACUCGAUCCGUUUAUUUAUCUGUUGAAAAUGACUAGAUCAGCGACUGCAGGUAGCGAUUAUUUUACUGCAGGUCAGCACAUAUUUCUCACUUUCCCAGAAGCAUUACUUGAAGCAAAAAAAAAGACCAGAGCCACAGCUUCAGAGGGACAAAGGAGGUGGGAGGAUCUCCAAUACUUCAGCUUUUGUUGUCUCUUGUGGACAUUGUACGUAGUUUGGUGAACCUCCAUCAAUGAAGGAGUGACAGACAAUCAGUGAUUACCACACGUGAAGUUGUCUCGAUCAACCCUGAAGACCCUGAACCUCGAGCAUCGAAUGAUGUCUAGUAAUUUGUGAUAUCAUCGAGGAGUACAUAACCUCUCAAAUGACGAGUAAGAAUGAGAUAGGACAUUCGUUGACAGUGUUAUCUUGAACUGGGCGGGUUAUUUGCCACUUGAGGGAGUACAUUUGUCAACAUGCACAGGGUGGACGUGAAGGUCAUCCUCCUGGGGCAUGGGGCUGUGGGGAAGACCAGUCUCCUGGAGAGAUUUGUCAACGAGAGGUUCAAUGAAUCGCUCAGCUAUCAAAAUACUAUAGGAGCAGCAUUUGCAUCUAAACAAAUUCAAAUUGACGAUCAGAAACUUGUUUUAGGAAUUUGGGAUACUGCUGGCAGCGAGAGAUACGACUCAAUGACAAAAAUCUACUAUCGUGGAGCACGUGCAGCAAUCGUCUGCUACGACUUAUCGAACCAGGCUACCUUCAACCGAGCCAAAUACUGGGUCAGAGAGCUCCGGCGUGUUGAAGAAAAAUGCAGGAUCUAUCUCUGUGGCACAAAGAACGAUCUGUUGGAGAUGGGACACGAACCUACUCCCAGUUUGGAGGCAGUGGAGAUUUAUACCUCUGGAAUACAAGCCAAGUUCUUCAUUACCUCGAGUAAAACUGGAGAAAAUGUCUGUGAAAUGUUUCGAGAAAUCGCCGAGGAUUUUCUAUCGGACCCUAAUAACCGCGAAGAGCUCAAACAAGAGUUGAUAAGUAUCUCAGUCAAUGAUAAGAGAUCUUCCUGCUGUGCCUUCCUCCACCGGAUAUAAUACUCUCAAUAACAACUCGGGGGAAUUCCCUUCUGUGCGCCAUAAAACGAAGAUAAUGAAAUAAUCCUAUGAAAACAGGAAUUAAUUGUAAAAACUAAAGAGGUCGUUCAUUUAUUUUUUUCGUAACGAGCAAUCAUGAAACCAUUUAUUCAUCAAAGACUUGAGAAUGCUGUUUAGAUGAAGAUUAAAUUAUGAAUUUUUUCAUUUACCUGAAUUUAUUUAAUGUAAUUAAUUGAACUAAUUGAAUUGAAUCGAUUAAUCGAAGUCAAUUCAAUGCUAUGCUCACACGAGCAAGAAGGCUGAAGAUGAUGAGAGAUAAUAUUUUAUUACGCAGGAUAGAUUUAAUAAAAAUGUUAUUUACAAAUAGGAAUUUAACCGUCAAUAAAUGUUUGUUAAACAAU